AUGAGUAGUGUAUUUGAUAAGCUCAAGAAACAGAGAUCAAAGGAAUGCAAAGGAACAGAUUUUUAUGAGGUUAAAAAUAAAAAUGACGAAAUAUAUGAAGUAGUAGAUGAGGAGGGGUAUAUGAAAAAUAAAAGAUCCUUACAAAAUUUUAUCGUUGGAGGUGAUAAAGAUUUUGAUUCAAGUGAUGAUGUUAUUGUGGAAAAUAUUAAUUUUACUUUAUUAAAAAAAAAAAAUGUUGAUAAAGAACCCAAGGUCAAGAGAAAUCAAACGCUUGAUGAUUUCAUACGAGAAAAGAAACUUAGAAAAACUUUAUCAGGAAAUAAAUUAAGCAAAGAAGAAAUUUACAAAACAAAAAAUAUUGAAGAACUAAUGGAUCAGAAUACUUCAAGUGAUAGUGAUGGAGAAUUCAGGACGCGAAAAAGGAAAACUAGAGAAUCCUAUGAAAAUAGUAUGAAUAAAAAUAUGAACAAAUCUAGUUGUUAUAUUAGAAGUAAAGAUUAUGAAUAUAAUAUAUAUGAUAUGAAAUAUGCAAAUGAAUAUAAUAAACAAAUAAUCGAAAAUAAUAAUAUGAAUAAUAAUAAUAAUUAUAAUAAUUAUAAUGAUAUGUCUUUUGUUAAUAAAGAUAUAGAAUAUUCUAAGCAUAUUAAAGUAAAGAAUGAAAAAGAAGAUAUAGAUACACAACUACCAAAAGAUAUACAUAAAGAUGUAGGAUCGCUUCUUAAAAAAAAAGAAAUCCAUGUUAAAAAAGAAGAAGAAACAAAUAUAGUAAGUGGUGAUAAUGAUGAAGAGGUAAUCGAAAUAAAAAAAAAAAUACAUCUCAUGAAAAAUGAAUCAGAAGUUAAAAAGGAAAAUGAAAUUAAACAGGAUGAAGAAAAAAUGAGAGAAGAAAAAGAAAAGCAAAAAGAAAAAGCCCCCCAAAAUAAUAACCCAAACAAUAACAAUAAUAAUGACAAUAAUAACAAUAAUAAUAGUAAUAACCAUGUGGAUGAUUUUUAUAAUGAUUAUAUCUUAAAUGAAAUGAAUAUAUCACCACUAUUUAUUAAAAUAGAAAAUGAGACAUUGAAAAAAGAAGAAAAGAAAUUAAAAGAAAAUGAUAUAAAUACUAAUGAUGAUGAAGAUAUAUUAGAAAAUGAAAUAGACUCUGAAAUGUUAAGAAAUAAAUAUGAGCAAUUAAUAAGAUAUGAAGAAAAUAAUAAUUCAUUUGUAAAUGUAUAUGUAUUUGAUAUAUGUAAACAUAGAAAUAGUAUAAUAUUAUUUGGUAAAACUCUAACUAAGUUUAAAAAAUAUAAAAGUAUAAGUAUAUUUAUAGAAAAUUUAGAUCGAUAUUAUUAUUUCUUAUUAAAUAAAAAUAAGGUAUAUUAUGAAAAUGGAGAAGAAAUAAAAUAUGAUCAUGAUAAAUUUAAAAUUCAUAUUAUGUCUGAAUUUUUAGAAGAAUUCAAAAUAAUAAGAGAAUAUCAUAAUAUAAAAAUGGUAAAAUAUAAAAUUGUUAAAAGAAAAAAUUUAAAUUUAUCUUCAUAUGAUGAAGAAUUAUAUAUCAAAGUUUUAUAUUCAUAUAAUAAUGAUCCUAUACAUGAGAAGUUUCAAAAGGGUAGUUCAUAUUUAUCAUUCUAUUGUUGUAAUGAAGAUAUUGUAGAAAAUUUUAUUAUAAAGAAGAAUUUAAAAUUACCUUGUUGGUUAAAAAUAAAAAAUUUAAAAAAAAAUGAUUUAAGUAAUUUAACAUAUUGUUAUUUUGAUUGUAUGGUUGAAGAUAAAAAAAGUAUAUUAUUGUGUGAUAAGAUUCAUGAGAAGAAAGUUGAUAUGAAUAAAAAUACAGACGACCAAAACAACAUAAAUAUUUACAAUAAUAAUAAUAAUAAUAAUAGUGGUAGUAAUAUUAUUAGUAAUAAUAAUAGUGGUAGUAAUAUUAUUAGUAAUAAUAAUAAUAGUGGUAGUAAUAUUAUUAGUAAUAAUAAUAAUAGUGGUAGUAAUAUUAUUAGUAAUAAUAACUUUGGAAGAGUUAUAAUAUCUGAUGAUGGAGGAAAAAAAAUCGAACAAACAUAUCAACAACUCACAGAUAUUAAUUUAAAUAAAUUAUAUAUAAAAGUUGUUUCCUUAUUAAAUGAAGAAAAUAUACAUGAGGUUUUUAGUAUAUGUAGUUUAGUACAAAUAGAUAAAUUGAAAUAUAUAAAUUUCUGUGGUAUAUCUAAAAAAUGUUUAAAGAAAGGACCAAUAAAUUAUAAUAAGAGUUUAUGUAAAUUAUUUGAUAAUGAAAAAGAAUUAUUACAUACAUUUUUAGAAAAAAUUAAAGAUCUAGAUAUAGAUAUAUAUAUAGGUUAUAAUAUACUUAAUUUUGAUUUAGAAUUUUUAAUACAUAGAUGUAAUAUAUAUAAUUUAAAUUCUUAUAUAUUAAGUAGAAAAAAAAAAAUGAAAAAAAAUGAAAAAAUGAAAGUUAAUAAAUUUAAUGGAACAAAUAGUACUGGUUCAAUGUAUAAUAUCAUACAAAAUAUCAAAGGAAGAUUAAUUGUUGAUAUAUAUCUUUUAUGUAAAGAUUCUAUUAAAUUAACAACUUAUUGCUUAGAUGAAAUUAUAGAUCAUGUCAAAAAUAAAUUCCAAGAUAAAUCCAAACAACAAACAAAUAAAACAAAUCAUUUUAAUAAAACAAAUCAUUUUAAUAAAACAAAUCAUUUUAAUAAAACAGAUUAUACACGACAACAAAGUGUUGUCAGUCAAGAAAGUGUCAACAGUCAGUCCACACAGAGUAGUCAAUAUAAUCAUACAAAUCAAAUGAACUCUAUCAAAAAUGAAGAUGAUAUACAUUCUUCAAAUAAAACUACAAGUAAUCAAGAUAUUCCUACUGAUGUUGCUUCAACAAAUAGUCAUAAAAGUAAUACACAUAUUAAUAUCUUCAAAGAUUUUCUAGUAAAUAAUAUAAACCUAAUAAAUUGUAGCAAUAUACAUUUAUAUGAUGCUCAAUCCAUUAUUCAAAAUCAUUUAAAUACAUAUAUUAACAGCCAAAUAUUCUGUAUUAAUGAAACAGUUAAUGUAUGUAAUAUAUUACAAAUAAUCGAAAAAACAAGAGACUUAACAAAAUUAAGUGGUUAUAUAUGGAUGAGAAGUCUAUUAUGUUAUACAAGUGAAAGGGUUGAAUUCUUUUUAUUACAUGAAUAUAAUAAGAAAAAGUUUAUAACACCUAUAAUUAAAAAAAAACCUAAAAAAAUUGAAAACAAUCAAAUGAAAAAUAAAAACACUGCCAAAUAUCUAGGAGGAUUAGUAUUAGAUCCUUUAUGUGGUUACUAUGAUACAUUUGUGUUGUAUUUAGAUUUUAAUAGUUUAUAUCCAUCUAUUAUUAUAGAAUAUAAUGUAUGUUUUAGUACCAUCAAAUUAAAAAAUAAAGAGCUACACAUAGAAGACACGAACGCAAACACAAAAAGGAAUGCCAACAACGAUAAUGCUGAUAAUAAAAGUAUUCGUGAUGAUAAAAUUUUUCAUGAUGACAAAAAAUUUGGUGAUGACAAAAAUUUUCAUGAUGACAAAAAAUUUGGUGAUGACAAAAAUUUUCUUGAUGACAGUUACUAUAAUAACAAUUAUAACAAAUUAGAAGAUGAGAACCCACUAGAAAACAAUGUCGAAAUAGACGAAUUUGAUAAAAGCAAACAAGGUAUUUUACCUAGCAUUUUAAAAUCGUUAGUAGAAAAGAGAGCAGCUAUUAAAAAAUUAAUUGCAAAUGAAAAGAAUAAAGAAAAGAAAGAAUUAUUAUUAAUUCAAUCAUUAUCAAUAAAACUAAUUAGUAAUAGUAUUUAUGGUUGUUUAGGAAAUACAAAUAAUAGAUUUUAUGCAAAACAUAUAGCUUCUUAUAUAACAUCCAAAGGUAGAAAUUUAUUACAGCAUACAAAAUUUAAAGUAGAAAAAGAAUUUAAUCUAAAGGUUAUAUAUGGUGAUACAGAUUCUAUUAUGAUAGAUACUGGUAUUAAAGCUAAUAAUAUUAAUAAUUAUAAAGAAUCAUACAAAUUAGCACAUCUCAUAAAAAAUAGUAUAAAUAAAAAUUAUAAAAAAUUAGAAUUAGAUCUAGAAUGUAUAUUUAGUAAAUUAUUAUUAUUGAAAAAAAAAAAAUAUGCAUGCGCAAAAGUAAUAGAUAAUAAUUUAGAAAAAUAUGAAUAUGAAAUGAAAGGAAUCAAUUUUAUUAAAAGAGAUUUUAGUAAGAUAUCUAAGCUAAUUGGUAAUGAAGUAUUAAGAAUUAUAUUUACAAAUAGAGACAUGGAUUCAAAAAAUAUGCCAGUUCUUUAUGCAAAUGAUUUAUCUGAGCAGAUACACGAAUUCGAUUUGGAUUAUUAUAUUAUCACUAAAAAGCUAACAAAAAACGUACAUGAAUAUCAAGAUAAGAAUUCUUUAGGACAUGUACUUGUUGCUGAAAGGAUGAUAAAAGAUGGAUAUAAUAUUUGUGUAAAUAAAGAAAUACAAUAUUGUGUAUGUGUGAGUGAAGAUGCUUCUAGAUUUUAUAAAAAAUCAAGUGAAAAAUUAAAUAAUUCUCAAUGUUGUUUUAGUGUUAAUGAAAUAAAAAAAUAUAAUUUAAAAAUCGACAAAGAAUAUUAUAUAAGGAAUCAGAUUCUUUCUCCUAUUAAUAGAUUAUGUCAAUAUAUUGAAGGUACUAGUGCUGAAAAAUUAUCAUCAUGUUUUAAUAUUCAUGAUGUUAAAGAAAUAAAAACAGAUAAACAAAUUGAAGAGAAUUAUUUAGAAACAAAUGUAUUAUCAUUAUUAAAUGAAUCAGAAGAAAGAUUUAAAGAUAUUCAUUUAAAAGGAUUUUUAAUAUGUUCAAAUUGUUUGCAUCAUGUAAAACCAAAUAUAUUUAUUAAAUAUUUUAAAUGUAAUAAAUGUCUUACAUAUUUAUCUAUAGAACAAAUACGAAAUUACAUAUUCUCAUUUAUUCAUCACUUAUGUAAUACAUUCUAUAAACAGUUAUAUAUAUGUCAAGGAUGCACACUCAAAACAAGACGUAUAUUCUUAAAAGAUGAUAAAAAUUGCCCCAAUAUUAAUUGUGAAUAUAAUAAAAAUUCUUUAAAACCUUUAAUAUCAAAAAAAUAUAUUUAUUUAAUAUUAGAGUAUUUCCUAUUCUUAUUAAAAGACAAUCUAAAAAAAAUACCUUCCAGUUUGAUUGAAAAAACAAAAUCGGAGCUAUCAAAUGAAAAGGAUCAAAUAAAGAAAGAAAAUAAUAAAACAACGGAAAAAAAUAAUGAAACAACGGAAGAAAAUAAUGAAACAGUGGAAGAAAAUAAUAAAACAAUCAAUCAGAAAGAAGAAGUAAAAGAUAAUAACGGUUCUAUAUUAAAUUCUCCUGAUGAUAUAAAUAAUAAAUAUUCAGAAAAGAAUAAUCGUAACACAUACAAUAAUAAUAAUAAUAGUAAUAAUAAAGAUGUAGAGAGUGAAGAAUAUUGUAACGAUUUUAUUGUUUGUCUAUGUAUAGAUGAAGGUUUUAAAACUUAUAUUCUUCAUGAUGAUAUUAAUAAAUAUAAAAAUAUAAAAAUUGAAGCAUAUGAUGAUAUAUGCAAAUAUAGAGAAUUAAGUGUUAAUAUAACCAAAGGAUUAAAAAUGAAAUAUCCAAAUAUAUCUAACUUUCUUUCAUAUCUAAAUUUAAGAACUAAUGUUUUUUUUAUUAAUUAUAAUGAAGAAAGAGAUAUCAUAAGAAAUUCAAUCAAAUAUAUUGUGCACAAUAAUAUAUAUUCACAAAUAUUUUUUGAUCAAGUCUUUUCAAUCUUUCAUUUACCUUUAUCAUCACACAUAACAGAAAUGUAA